AUGGAUCCACUCAGUGCCACGGCCAGCAUCAUCGCUAUCCUGCAGCUCUCGGCCAAGGUCCUUGAGUAUCUGAACGACGUAAAAGAUGCCUCGAAAGACCGCGCGCAGUGCACGAUUGAGGUCUCAAACCUUCAAACACUCCUUUUCAGCCUCCAGCUAUGGUACACCGCAGUCCAAGCCCUCGCAGUUGAGAACGGGCCGCUCGACCAGUUCAAGCAAGCGCUGGUAACGCUGCAGACCAAGAUGACAGAAGGAGGUCGACUGAAGAAGGCCGGCGAGGCGCUAAUAUGGAAGUUCAAGAAAGAGGAAAUAGCCAGCAUAUUGGCUCGAAUAGAGCGUUUGAAGUUGCUGAUAGAGAUCGCGUUACAGAUGGACCACUUCAAACUUUCUCAAGCCAUCAAAGACGAUACCAACAUCAUUCGGACACACGUGUCUGCUAUACAAACAGGCAUAAAGAGGAUCCAACAAGAUCAAGACUACGCGAGACACCGCAGGCUUCUAGAAUGGUUAUCGCCUACAGAUUACCCCGCUCAACAAUCCGACAUCAUAGAGCGCAGACAGGAAGGAACAGGUCAGUGGUUCCUAGACGCGCCUGAGGUGGCAAGGUGGCUCAGUGAAGCCAAGGGAACUCUCUUCUGCCCAGGAAUCCCAGGAGCCGGCAAGACCAUGGUAGCAGCCAUUGCGAUCGAUCACUUGUUGAGAUCAGUGCAGAACAGCUUACAUGGAGUUGCUUAUGUGUACUGCAACUAUAAAGCUCAGAAGGAGCAGGAUGCUUGCAGUAUGCUGGCGGCCAUCCUAAAGCAGCUGGUGCAGGCUCGACCAUCGAUUGUGAAGCCUAUAGAACAACUGCAUCAGCAGCAUGCCGACCGUGGGACUAGGCCAUCACGGGACGAGAUCUUUGGCGCACUCCGAGAUGUGCUUGCACAUUGCCCUACUGUUUACAUUGUGAUCGAUGCUCUGGAUGAGUGUCGAAGCAGUGACGGCACUCGCCGUCAGUUACUGGCCAACCUUCGAGAUCUACAGGCGGGUGAAGAUGUUCGCCUAAUGGCCACCUCACGCCUCAUGCCGGAGAUUGUAGAUGGAUUCGGAGAAGCGCUGUGGCUGGAGGUGCAGGCUAGUAAAGAGGACGUGAAGCGCUUCGUGGCCGGCCAGGUAAAUCGACUACCUCUUUGCAUUCAGCGCAACCCUUUGCUGCAGGACAUGGUGCAAGACAAGAUUGUAGAGGCGGUGGAUGGCAUGUAUGCUUCUUGUUCCGCUUUGUGA